UUUCUCUUGUAAAUCGUAUUCACGAUUGUCACGUCAAAUUGUAUUGGGUGUAGAAUUUUAUUAAAUUUUCCAUAGAAAAUUGUGAAAAACCAGAACCAAAUCGUUGGUGGAAAGCUAAAAACAAUGAGUGAAACCUUAAAUUCGUCCGGUGGCUUGCACUUUGAGAAGCCUACAGUGCAAUACAAUGAAACUGGCUGGGGACCAUGCGAAAUGCCUGACACCUUCAAAGAUGUGCCAUAUCAGCCAUUCAGCAAAAGUGAUCGUCUAGGAAAGAUUUGUGAUUGGACAAAUACCUCCAAUAAUGACAAGAAAUAUCAAAAUAAAUACACUUCUUCCUUUGGUACUGGCAACCAAUAUGCCUACUAUCAUGAGGAAGAUGAAACCACCUUCCAUUUGGUGGACACUGCUCGUGUACAAAAACCACCACAUCAACGUGGACGCUUCAAUACGCGUAAUCCACGUAAUGCCAGAAAUGCCAGAGGUCGCAAUGCUCGUGGUGGUGCUACCCCCAACAUGAUAACUUUGGGUGGCAAGAACUUCAAGGCACGCGACAACCGUCGUGGUGUUAACCGUAAAUUCGGUGGCCGUAAUGCCCCACCUAAAAUGCGUGAAUCCUCGGUUGCUGUACGUGCCGAUUGGACAUCCAUUGAGGAAAUGGACUUCCCACGUUUAAUGAAAUUGUCAUUGCCCAACAUUAAGGAAGGUGAAGAUAUUGUCACCUGUGGUACAUUGGAAUACUACGAUAAGGUAUACGAUCGUAUCAAUGUAAAGAAUGAAAAACCAUUGCAAAAGAUCGAUCGUAUUGUUCACACUGUGACAACAACCGACGAUCCCAUCAUUCGUCGUCUGUCAAAGACUAUGGGUAAUGUCUUUGCCACCGAUGCCAUUUUGGCCACCAUUAUGUGUUCGACACGCUCGAACUAUUCAUGGGAUAUUGUUGUCGAUAAAAUUGGUAACAAAAUCUUCAUGGAUAAACGUGACAACACUGAAUUCGAUUUACUAACGGUUAAUGAAACCUCGGUUGAACCACCAACCGAUGAUGAUAGCUCACCAAAUUCGCCACGUAAUUUGGCCAUUGAAGCCACCUUUAUCAAUCACAAUUUCAGUCAGCAGGUAUUGAAGACUGGACCCAAUGAGCCCAAGUAUAAAUUCCAAGAACCCAAUCCAUUUAUUACCGAAGACGAAGACAUUGAGGUGGCUAGUGUUGGUUAUCGUUACAAGAAGUGGGAUUUGGGCAGUGAUAUUGUUUUGGUAGCUCGUUGCGAACAUGAUGGUGUUUUGGCUUCCGUCAACAAUGAACCACAAUUCCUUUCGAUUAAGGCAUUGAAUGAAUGGGAUUCGAAAUUGGCCAAUGGUGUUGAAUGGCGUCAAAAAUUGGAUACCCAACGUGGUGCUGUCUUGGCCAAUGAAUUGCGUAAUAAUGCCUGUAAAUUGGCUAAAUGGACUGUGCAAGCUGUACUUGCCGGUUCCGAUCAACUUAAGCUAGGUUAUGUUUCUCGUAUCAAUCCCCGCGAUCCCUCACGUCAUGUCAUUUUGGGCACACAACAAUUCAAACCUCACGAAUUUGCUACGCAAAUUAAUUUGAGCAUGGACAAUGCCUGGGGUAUUCUACGUUGUAUUAUUGAUAUUGUUAUGAAGCAGAAGGAUGGUCGUUAUUUGAUCAUGAAGGAUCCCAACAAGCCAUUGAUCCGUUUGUACGAUAUUCCCGAUAACACCUUCGAGAGUGAUGACGAUGAAGAUAGUGAGGGUGAUGAUGGUGAAGCUUUCCAACCUGUUUAUGCCUACGGCGGUGGCAAAAACUAAAUUC